AGGCUGUAACAUCGUUUGCAUGUUGUGUUGUUCUAUGUGCAUGUCUGUGUUGGCAGCGGCUCUGCCUUGUGUUCCCGCUCCGCAUGUCACGUGAUUCCAUGGGGUGACGCGGCGUUCUCUGCGCAUGAGCAGGGCACUCCGGAAGAGAGCAGUUCGCGGUAUGGUGGGGUAGAAGUUUUCUAGUUAUAGUUGAAGCAAGUAAAAAAGCCGAGUUCAUGACCAAAAGCUCAACUUGUCCAGUGCGUUUACACACGCCACAUUUGAUUUACGCCUGCGGGGCCGACACACGUGUUCCCUCCUCCAUCCUUCUGUCGGCAUCGAUCCCUUUUCUCACACCCACGUGGGCAAACGUGCGAGGACGGAGAACAAUUUGCUGGCCGCAGCCUCCGUGGUCCGGCGGACAUCCGCACGCUUGCCAGACGGACAGGAUGGAAGCCCAACUGUGUUGCAACUUGCACACAAUGGGGAUUGUUGCAUUCCUCUUCGGCUUUCUGUCUGCACAAGUGCAACUGCAUGCCGAGGUUCCCCCGGACGGACAGAAAAAUAUUGCCUGGCGUGAUGUCAUCUCUCGGGAAUGUUUUGGCACGAGGGCUGCAGCAGUUGGCUGGUGGACAAGAGGUUUCAUUUUGAGCUCUCUCUCUCUCACACACACACAAACACACACACACACUUGAGAAGAUGAGAGUGAGAAAAUGAGUCCAGCCGUAAUCUUCUCAUUGUGAAAAUCACAUCUGGCCUCCUCCGAACAACAUCAUCUAAUAGAUUGGCGGACUACUUUUGUAGAGAACUCAAGCAUGUUCCACCAUAACAUGUUCCUGGUGAAAGGUAGAGUAGUUUGAUGUGAAGAUGUGGGCUUUGAUGGGAGCCGUGUGCCUGUGCCACUGUGUCGUCGGACAGCUGCUGAAAGGAGCGCCGCGUCUCCUCUGCAGUGUCCCGGGGGCGCCAGGACCGCCCGGCAAGCCCGGCCCCAGCGGGACUCCGGGAGCCGACGGGAACGCGGGCGUCCCCGGAAGAGAUGGCAGAGAUGGCAGGACAGGGGAGAAGGGACAGAAGGGAGACCCAGGUUUAAAGGGCAGGGUGGGACCCACAGGUAAGAUCGGCGAGCGAGGGGAGCGAGGUCCUACAGGGAAACGAGGUCCCGAGGGGGAGAACGGAGACGGAGGCCCACCGGGCCCUCUGGGCCACGAAGGCGAGAAAGGACAAAAGGGGCAACGCGGCAUUCGCGGGGUGCCGGGAAAAUGCAAUUGCGGAAGCCUUACGCUCAAAUCAGCUUUCUCGGUCGGCAUCACCAACAGCUACCCGACAGAGAACACCCCCAUUAAGUUCAACAAGGUCCUACUCAAUGAGGGCGGCCAUUACGACCCCCAAACGGGCAAGUUCGUCUGCGCAUAUCCUGGCAUUUAUUUUUUCACUUACCACAUCACGCUCGCUAAUAAACACUUGGCCAUCGCUCUGAUGCACAAUGGACAGCACCGCAUCAAAACCUUCGAUGCCAACACGGGCAACCACGACGUGGCCUCGGGCUCUACGGUGAUGUUCCUCAACUCUGAAGAUGCCGUCUGGCUAGAGAUCUUUUACCACGACCAGAAUGGUUUGUUUGCCGACCCGGGCUGGACGGACAGCUUGUUCUCGGGCUUCUUGCUCUACGCCGACACGGACUACUUUGACCAGCUGGCAGCAGACUACGCAUAAGCAAAACAGAGAAGAUGGAUGGAUGGAUGGAUGGAUGGAUGGAUGGAUGGAUGGAUGGAUGGAUGGAUGGAUGGAUGGAUGGAUGGAUGGAUGGACGGACUUGAAAUUUGUGCCACCAGAAUCUGAUUUUGAAUCAUUUAUAUUUAAAUUUGAUUCGCUAAACUUGAAGACGUUAAUUUGAAUGACAUAAACUGAAUUUCGAUUCAUUUUUUUCCAUAUUAUAUUGAAAAGCAAAAUCUCAAUUGUACAAUUUGAAUUUCUUUUGGAAUUUGAAAUAAACUUGAAACCAUUUUUAUCUGAAACAUUA